AUGCAUGCGCUCACCGAGGGGUUCCAAGCUUGCCGUACCCGCGAUAUGGUCCCAGUUACCUGGAAAAUCUAUGAAAGCGCCAAAGAACAUGCCGACAACGAAAAGCUUUCUAGAAUGAGAUGUCUCAUGAGACGUUAUCAAAAACACUGGGAUGAGAGUGGCGCGCGCCAAAUCUUGCUCGAUCGCCUCCAAAAUCUAAAACACACAGCUCGGAUCACCAACAUCGUCUGCAUAGCUCUGGGAACUCUACAAGACGAAAAAGCAUGGGGUGCCGGCCCGAGAGAACAGCAUAUCAUGGCUUCUUUCCUUGCUCAAGAGCUCACACGGAUGUACGAAGAGCAGGGUAUGCCGCGCCAGGAACCUAUCACGAUAGUUGCCCAAGAUCCUGCUUACACCGCUCUCGACCGUCAGCUCCUCUCCGAGCUGCCAGUACCGAUCAAGACUGUACAGGACCCUAAGGGUUUCCUAGUCAUAAACGAAUCUUCGCUUGUCUUUUCAGUCAAACCAGUGGUACCAAUCAAACAAAUCAUCGCGGAUCUUGCAAGCGAAGCACCGGAUGGCAAGGGUCCUGCUGCCAUGUUUCUGGGCGACAACUACGUGGACAUAUCUUUGGGCGACUUGGACUCCGUCACGUACUACGCUAGGGACGAACGCGAAUACUACGCCAACCCGGAGACAUGGAGCUAUGUGACAAUGCUCGAGUCUUAUAUACCGGUCAUGGCUCGGGAAGAUUGGCCAACGGAGUACAGAUGGCAUGCGUAUGGCAGCCACUGGCUUGCAGACCUGGCACUGUGGGCACGUGAAGAGUAG